UUGUCUCCAAACUCCAAAACAACCUCCUCACAUCUUCACAACAAAUACCAAAACUCAAAAGAGAAAAGUGCUAAUUAAGUAAUCUAAAGGUAAGGUUGGUGCAUGCAUGGAAUAGUAUGGAUAACUAUCCUCUUGCUUCACUCAUCCUCAUCUUUUCUUUCAAAAAAAAAAAACAACCUUGCCUAGUCCUCCAAGAAAACCCAAGUUUGCUACCAUGCAAAAUGUAUAUGCAAAAUUGCACCACAUAAAGAUGAAAAGAUGAUCCAUUUCGAUCGUUUCAUCGUUUGCUUGUUUGAUCCUCUGAUUCUUGAUUCUUUGGUGUUGUGUAUGCGUGAAUUGAAACUUGAAAGACCAUGAGAUGUCUGAGGCUUGCAGGUGGUGGUCGCCGGCGAUGCCAGCUCCUCGGCGGCGACACCGCCGCCUUCUGCGCGUCUCUGGUGGAUGGGCUCGCGCAUCUGGAGAGGACGCUGCUGCGUGAUGAGGACGAUGGCGAUGGUGGGGGUGGGGGUGGUGAUGGGGGUGGGGCGGUGUCGAUGAGGUGGUGCGCCGACGCCAUGAGGAUGGUGAUGCGGAUGCAGCGGGAGCUGCUGGUUAUGUUCAAGAAGGCCGACGUGCCGGUGGGCGGCGCCGUUUCCUACGGUGGCGGUGGAGGAGGAGGCGGCGGCGGCGACGAUGGCGGCGGGUGCUGGUUCGAGCACUACAUGCAGGAGACGGCGGCGCUGCUGGACUUCUGCAACGCGUUCAAGUCCGCCGUGUCGCGGCUGCACCGGUACUGCAUGGUCGUCGACUUCGCCGCGCAGGUCGGCUCCCUCGUCGCGGACGACGGCUCGUCCGGCGGGUGGCUGCAGGAGGAUCAGCCGGCCGACGACGCCGUCCGCGACAGGCUGUCCGACGUGAGGGCGGUGGUGAGCGAGGCGGAGCGGCUAGCGAGGAAGAUCAUGUCCAGCACCAGCAGCGCCGGCGGCGACGACGACGACGACGCCAGCGGCAUGGUCGUCGUCAUGCUCGUUGCCAAGAUCACCAUGGCCGUCGUGUCGAUGUUCGUGCUCCAGGCUCUCACCUCGCCCAUCAUCCCCCUCGCCACCGACGACCGCUGCACCUUCGGCCACGCCGCCGUCCCGGUCCCGGAGCUCCAACCAUGGCGCGAGUCCCUGUCCGUGAUCACCGACCGGUUCCCGCGGCGGCCGAGCGUCGCCGAGCACGAGAGGGUGGCUAUGGUGGUGAGAUCAAUGAUGGUCAACACCAAGACAGAAGGAUCAGAGACUGAUGAAAAUGGCAAGCAACAAGAAGAUGAAGAUGAGAUGGUGAGACAUGUUGAGCUUCUAAGAACAAGAUCAGGUGAGCUCAGAGAAGGUGUGGAGAUGUUUGAUUGUGUUUUGGAUGAAGUCUUUGAUGAGGUGAUCAAGGGCAGGAAUGAGAUGCUUGGUAUCUUCAGAGACAAGGCCCUGACAUUGGGGUGAAGUUUUAGAUGCAGCCUCUGAAAUUAAAUUUAACCUUGUGCAGUCUUGAAAGAUUCAUAAUGAUUCAUGAUGUAACUGGGUGGAUGCUAAUUGACUGAUCAAUUGGAUUUGUUUUGUUGAGGAGAGGGUAGGGGUUCUUGCAAUGUGUGAGUUUGUGUUUAUGAAGGUGUUUAUAUCUGCUGUUUCUUUAUAUUUUCUUAUCUUCUUUGGUUUGUAACUUGUUUGACAUUGGUGAUGUACUGAUCAAUAAAGCACAUGAUGUUAAGGUAUGUAUUAUAUCUGUCAAAAAAAAGUUUAAA